AUGGGAGGGGAGCAUGUUGGUGGAGAAGGGGGGGAUGUAGAUAGCAAUGCUGAGGAGAAUGUAGAUAAGGUGGAUGAAAAUGUAGAUAGGGAAGUGGAGAAUGCAGAUAGGGUAAAGGAGCAUGUUGAUAACGAAGAGGGGAUUGUACAUAAAAAGGAGGAGAUUGUAGCACCUGAAGACGAGCAUGUUGGUAGAGAAGGGGAGAAUGUAGAGAGUAGGGCUGAGGAGAUUGUACAUAAAGGGGAGGAGCCUGUUGAUAUGGGAGGGGAGCAUGUUGGUGGAGAAGGGGGGGAUGUAGAUAGCAAUGCGGCUAUGGAUGUAGAUACUUCACACCAGGUGGACAAGAUUAUAGAAGAUCUGUCAAGGAAUGUGCAAUCGGAGACAGAUGAAGCAGCUCCACCAAGGAAUAAGCCCAAGGCAGGUAGUCCACCGCCGAAAAGGGAAAGCAAGAGAUCUAAAUGGAAGAGGACCCCUUACACAGAGGGAAAAGGAAAGAAAAAGCAAAAAGAAAUGAUAGAUCUCAUAUCAAGUCCUGAAUAUGUACAUACAGAGAAGAAAGUUUCCCAUUUUUACCCCGGCAACCAAUAUCCCACUUGGGAUGCGUUGAGGUUGAAGCCAAUGUCAGCGGAGGAGAAAUCUUUAUUGGGCGAGCUAAAUAAAGAUCUUGAAAACCCUGAUGAUUUUGACAUCCGCAUACUAAAUAGUUCUGGUGCCUUUGUACAUAAUUUUAGGAUAUCAUCUACAGUAUCAACAAGACUCGAUACGGCUGAAAAUAAUUGCCUAACCAAAUUUUGCUCCCAAAAGGUUCACAGGAGAUAUGCUGUCAUAAGAACAGACAACAGCCAUAUAAACAGAGAAGAGCUGUUGUAUUUGCUUCGUGGUGGCCGGCUUGAUGACAAGAUGGAAGAGACAUUGUUGGAAACGCUUCAGCAAGAGGCAUAUGACAAAAAAUUUGGAAUCGUCUCUGUGUACUUUCUUCACUCACUCUAUGGCGUCGGGACGGAACAGUACGAGCUAUUUUUGAACUAUAUUGAAAAAUAUACCGCUGUCCGUAUACAACACCUGUUGAUCCCCUUGGUCAGGAACGAUCACUGGCAUCUUGUUCUGGUUGACCUGAAAGGAAAGAUCGUCAACCACUACAGUUCAGCUGGCCACGAAGCUUGGAUGGAGCCUGUUAAUAAAAUCAUAAACUUUUUUGAUGAACAGCAUGUUGAUUUUGUUGAGGCAAAUGUGGAAAUAACACGAGAACAGCUGGAUCUAUCACUGGAGAAGCGAGAACUUACAACAACUAAGUUGGAACGAACAAAGACGCUAGAUCCAAUACUUAAGCUCUAA